AUGAAAGAGAGCGAGGCCAAGGAGAGGCCAGGGACACGCCGAGAUAGACCCCAGACCCAGAGCUCUGUCUCUGCUUCUCUGGGCCAGGGACAUGCCAAGAUAGACCCCAGACUCAGAGCUCUGUCCAAAAGUGGCUCUUGGUCCAAAAGUGGCUGUUGGUCCAAAGUGCUUCUUGAUCCAAAAGUGGCUCUUGGUCCAAAAGUGGCUCUUGGUCCAAAAGUGGCUCUUGUGGCUCUUGGUCCAAAAGUGGCUCUUGAUCCAAAAGUGGCUCUUGAUCCAAAAGUGGCUCUUGUGGUUCUUGGUCCAAAAGUGGCUCUUGGUCCAAAAGUGGCUCUUGUGGUUAUUAGUCCAAAAGUGGCUCUUGGUCCAAAAGUGGCUCUUGGUCCAAAAGUGGCUCUUGUGGCUCUUGGUCCAAAAGUGGCUCUUGAUCCAAAAGUGGCUCUUGUGGUUCUUGGUCCAAAAGUGGCUCUUGAUCCAAAAGUGGCUCUUGUGGUUCUUGGUCCAAAAGUGGCUCUUGGUCCAAAAGUGGCUCUUGGUCCAAAAGUGGCUCUUGUGGCUCUUGGUCCAAAAGUGGCUCUUGAUCCAAAAGUGGCUCUUGAUCCAAAAGUGGCUCUUGUGGUUCUUGGUCCAAAAGUGGUUCUUGGUCCAAAAGUGGCUCUUGGUCCAAAAGUGGCUCUUGUGGUUCUUGGUCCAAAAGUGGUUCUUGGUCCAAAAGUGGCUCUUGUGGUUCUUGGUCCAAAAGUGGUUCUUGGUCCAAAAGUGGCUCUUGGUCCAAAAGUGGCUCUUGUGGUUCUUGGUCCAAAAGUGGUUCUUGGUGCAAAAGUGGCUCUUGUGGCUCUUGGUCCAAAAGUGGCUCUUGAUCCAAAAAUGGCUCUUGGUCCAAAAGUGGCUCUUGUGGUUCUUGGUCCAAAAGUGGUUCUUGGUCCAAAAGUGGUUCUUGGUCCAAAAGUGGCUCUUGGUCCAAAAGUGGCUCUUGGUCCAAAAGUGGUUCUUGGUCCAAAAGUGGCUCUUGUGGUUCUUGGUCCAAAAGUGGUUCUUGGUCCAAAAGUGGUUCUUGGUCCAAAAGUGGUCCAGAAUUGGUUCAAAAGUGGUUCUGGGUCCAAACAUGAAACUUUGUGA